AUGGCCGCCGACGUAGGCGCCCUGUUCAACGCAGGUCCAGAGGUAGUAAAGGGAGCAACGUUCGAAGAAGGCCUCGGCUUUCAGGACCUUGGCGGGCCCAUGAUCCACUGUACGAAUGGAACGAUUGAUAACAUGGCCGCUAAUGAAGCCGAAUGCUUCGAGCAGCUACGUACAGUGCUCUCCUACCUCCCUAACUGCGGUCGAUACAAUGCGCCCCCUGUAAUCCCGUGCGAUGACCAAGAAAUCCGAGAAGACGAGUCUCUUCGCCGGAUUAUCCCCCGCAAACAAACUCGCAUGUAUAAUCCCUGGACGAUCAUCAGAAGCGUUGUGGAUAACGGCUCAUUCUUCGAGAUUGGAGCUCUCUGGGGCCGCACCGCAAUAACGGGUCUUGCUCGGCUCGGUGGCCGGCCAGUGGGUAUAAUUUCGCUCAACUGUGAAGUAAACAGUGGCGCUCUAGAUGCGGCAGGAAGCCAGAAGCUUGCUCGACUUCUGAAGCUAUGUGACGUGAUGAACCUGCCCGUGCUGCAAUUUGUUGACGUCCCCGGUUACGCAAUCGGCACCGUUGCCGAACGAACCGCGACAAUGCGAUGGGGUAUCGAACUCGCAAAAGCAUACUUCAGCACCACAACGCCCAUCUUCAGCGUCAUUACCCGACGUGCCUACGGCGUCGCCGGCGGUGUGAUGCUCGGCGCGAGAGACCCGCACGUCCAGGUCGCCUGGCCCUCGGGACAAUGGGGUUCCCUUCCGCUAGAUGGCGGGAUCGAGGUUGGACAUCGGCAUGAGUUGCGGGAGGCAGAGAAGCAGGGGCGAAAGAAAGAGCUUUAUGCAGAGCUGGAGGAGGAGUAUCGUCGGCUGAUGAACCCGGUCCGCACGGCAAAUGCAUUUGGUGUUGAGGAGAUUAUUGAUCCAAAGGAUACGAGGAAGGUCGUUUGUGGGUGGGCAAGGCAUGUUUAUGACGUUCUUAUGCCGAUAAUUCUCAGCUUUGCUCUAGGGCAAAUCUCUCUCCAUAUUCUCUCAUUGGUUCUUUCUGCUGAAACACUUCACAAUGUACAUGACCUUGGCAUUGAUUAG